AUGUCUCUCAAUCUCUUCUCCCAGUCCUCGCUGCUGCGCAGUGUUGCCAAUGCCGUCCCCUCGGCGUGUCGCUGGAGCUCGACCGCCGCCAUGAGUGCCUUCACCUCCCAGCGAAGCACAGGUCAACAGCAGAGUCCCCGAGUCUCCCGACGCCGCUUACCGAACCGCAUGCGACUUAUCGAAGAUCAAAAGGCACAGGGCGAGAGCCGUGCUUUGGAGAAAUUCCAGACUCGCGAGUGGAAGGCUGGUGAUGUUUACUCCCCACACGAUCUCAGCCCGGCUGAGAUGAAGAAAUGGGGAAAGCGCAAGAGUCCCUCCCGGGAUGCUUUUGAUGCGUUGAACUUGAACCCAAUGACUCUCUACAAGAACUUUGCCGUUAUGUCCGAAUACGUUUCACCCCUGGGCCGUAUCAAGCACCGCGAUCAAACUGGCCUACGACCCGUCAACCAGCGCAAGAUCGCAAAGGCCAUCCGCCGAGCCAUGGGCCUCGGCCUUAUGCCCUCCGUCCACCGACACCCCGAAAUCCUGGCUGGAGAACUCAAGGCGAGGAUGGAGAACCGUCACCGCUAA